GCUGGGAGAAUUUGAUUGGGCAGGAGAUCACCAAGUUGGUCACGAUGGAUUUAGUGAUGACAAUAGCAUCAAUUCUGGUCAUCGACUUUCUGCGAGGUUUAUGGGUCCGAUAUUGUAAUUUGUGGUGGUUUUGGAACUUGGAAUGUACAUUUCCGGAGUAUGGUGAAUUCAAAGUGGCUGAAAAUGUUUUGCAUUUGGUGAAUAAUCAAGGAAUGAUUUGGUUGGGACUAUUUUUUGUACCAAUGCUUCCGGCCAUCAAUAACAUCAAACUUAUUAUUCUUAUGUAUGUACGUGCAUGGGCCGUUAUGACGUGCAAUGUACCCGCAAGGCAGAUUUUUAGAGCUUCAAGAAGUCAACCAACGUUCUACAGUGUCAUCACACAAGUACUGCACAAGAAUCUCAGCCGAGGUCUUGUUCAAGCGAUCAGAUAUAUGGUAUCGCCGGGUAUUGUCAUUCCUGUCCUAUUGCUACUCCUACUCAUCAUCUAUUUUCUGUUCGCGCUAGUUCGUGGCCUACGUGAGGCCAAUACUGAUCUCUCGAAUCAGCUAAUGCAUGAUGACGAGCGAUCAACAACCCAGUCACAACGCAGUCGUGAUCCACAUUCAUUUAUUCCUUCACUAACUAGUGUAAGUGAAGAGGCACAAAUGGAACAGCUGGAUGAUGCGGAACAACAGCAUGAUGAGUCACCACAAAAGAUAUCUGCACUGAAACUCAACUGGAAACAACGGUUACUCGUAUGCAUUGGAUGGACUGAUCUAAAAAGGAUAAGGGAGCAACAGCAACAACAGCAAGAACAAGACAAUAAAGCAAAAGAAGGAGUUGACCGCUCCUCGCCAGUCUCUGGCAUGAAAUCU